ACAGCUACCAGCCAGCCAACCCUCUGGAGUUAGCUACGGAGCUAGCCAUGAGCUAACAAGUAGCUAGCUGAGCCUUUUUGCAUUUUGCCACCAUAAUUCAGCCUUCACCAAACGCCGUGCCAAGGUGAACACUGUUAAAUCUACCGGAAUUAUCUUUCAGCUCAUUGUUGCAGCUGCAGUUUGGACUGAUUUUUUUUUUUUUUUUUUUUUUUUUUUUUUUUACCCUCUUCGUUUCACAAUCCUUCCCUCCACCUUGAACUUUCUCCCUUUCGCACUCUGAUCUCUCAGCACACAGAGCCAUGGCAGCUGCUAAGCCAAAGGGGCAGAAUUCUCUAGCCCUUCAUAAAGUGAUUAUGGUGGGCAGUGGAGGAGUGGGGAAAUCGGCCCUCACUCUCCAGUUCAUGUAUGAUGAGUUUGUCGAAGACUAUGAGCCAACCAAAGCAGACAGUUACAGGAAGAAAGUGGUGCUGGACGGAGAGGAGGUACAGAUUGACAUCCUUGACACAGCUGGACAAGAGGACUAUGCAGCCAUUCGGGAUAACUACUUCCGCAGCGGCGAGGGUUUCCUCUGUGUAUUCUCCAUCACAGAACUGGAAUCGUUUGCUGCAACAGUAGACUUCAGAGAGCAGAUUCUGCGAGUGAAGGAGGAUGAGAACGUGCCCUUUCUCUUGGUUGGUAACAAGUCCGACCUGGACGACCGACGGCAGGUUAGCGCAGACGAGGCGAAGGCUCGCGCCGAGCAGUGGGGCGUGUGCUAUGUGGAGACUUCUGCCAAAACCCGUGCCAAUGUUGACAAGGUGUUCUUUGACCUGAUGAGAGAGAUCCGGGCAAGGAAAAUGGAGGACAGCAAAGAGAAGAACGGGAAGAAGAAAAGUAAAAGUCUGGCCAAGAGAAUUAGAGAGAGAUGCUGUAUUUUAUAGUGGUAACAGAGAGCAGGAUAUCUGCUUAUGUACAUAUACAUUUCUCAGACUUUUGCAUUUAUUUUGUGCCCACACCUGACCAUGACUUUCUGUUCCUGGCUAACAGGACAUCUGACCGUGUGUCAGGGAGUAGUAAGGUGGCACUCCAUACACCAUUUAUAGCUCUAACUUUUUAUGUGCUGACACUCCAAAUAACUUAUGUACUCUCUCUCUCUUACUCUGGCCACAUUGCAGAGUGUAAUAAAUGGAUGGUGUUUUAAUUUAGGCCUAAGCUUGACAAGAGGCUAAGCCAUGAAAUGUUACAAAAACCUUUCAUUGUAAAGUUUGAUGUGUAUAAUAUAUUCAGACAACUGUGCAGUGCAAGUUCAGAAGAAAAGAUAAAAUGAAAGUGUCAGAGCCAAGGUUUAAAUGGUGGGGGGGAAUAUAACUGGAGCUCAAUACUGGAAAGCCCCACUUCAUAUAAUUAGUCCACGGUCUUUGGUAGGAAAUGUAAAUGAACAGACUCAGCAGUGUAGUGUCAACCCAGAAUUCAUCAAGUGCCACCAAGGAGAUGUACAUUGCACUGGUGAAUCUCGGAAGCAUUUUAAUUGAAGGUUCAUUGCGUUAAACUAAGCCUGAGCUGAAAUUUGAUGCCAUUCCUCUUUGUUGUUUUACACCUCAAUUUUACUACGUGGUAUGGUUAUCAACACUUUUUUGUUUUGUAUGUGUAAAGUCAAACUUUCUUUCUUUUGUUUUCUUCUCCUCUAUCAUAUCAACCAGCGUAAGCUAAGGGCACUAAUUUUCUUUCCCCUUCCAGUCACUUUGUUGAGUCUUCUCAAAAUGCACAAAACAACAUCGAUCAUUACCCUUAAACCUGUGAGGGAUUUUACAACACUUGAACUUUUUUCAAUUCUAACAUUUCAGAAGUUUUACCUCACUCGGCUAAUGACUUCCAUUGCCUUUUUAUUUUGCGAUGACGGAAUCCCUGGUGCUCUGAUAAAAGGCGAUUCCAUAAACACUACAUCCUUUACAUGCCGUCUUUAACACAUGGUGAUGAAAUGAUUUGCUUCCAGACAUGUAAAGAUUUAUUUUGCCAGUUUUUACUUUUCCUGGCUCAGACUUUAAAUCCCCCUCUUUUUUCUUUUUUUUUUUAUAAUUUAAAUGUACUCUUGUACAAAUUGGAACUAAAGUGGGAAUAAAUUAAUGGCUAGAAUAAUUUUAAGGUAGAAAAUGUCAAAAAUGAAUGCAGGCUUGAUAGACGUAAAGUGGUACCUAUCCAAAAAAAAAAAAAAGUUGCUCUCAGUCACCAAAGAAAUACGCUAGCUAGUACAAACAAGUGCCCACUUUUUAAUUGAAGUGAACGACAUCUUACCGUGGCGAGCAUCAGAAGUAAAGCACCGUGUUGUUGGUGCAAAAAACUAUCUUUGUGAAACUGACGGAGGCUGAGGUUGAAAGUGCGUCAGGGGAAGUGAAAGGAUUAUAUUCGAAAUGGCUUAGGGAAGAAAAUGCAAGGUUACGAGGGCUUUGGUAAUUCAUGUACAGUGCAUCACUGUUGCCUCUCUGUCCGUUGUGAAUGUGAAUAAUCCCCCACACGCUCAUCCUGUUUGCCUGUAAUCUUCGGCUGCCAAUGAUGUGCAGAGUUUAGAGGUCACUGACAUUCUACUUUGUUUACCUUUUUGUUACAUUUUGUUCAAGCCUACCUAAUGUUACAAUGCUGUGGUGGCAUAUUAAUGAAAUACCUGACAUGUUCCUUUAGUCUUGCUCUUGUAGUUGAAUCAUUUCACAAAGAAAGUGAAGAUUAAUGCAGUGUAAGAAUUGGCAAAAUGAGAAUGCAGCACAUGAUUAACAGCUAAAUUGCAUCGACCAAAACACACCAUGAAAUCUGCCCCUCUUAGUUUCCCUUUAUGACUGAGCCCAUCUUUCUUUAUCCACCACUUUUAACUUAUUUAAAAUAACUUAUUUUAUUUGUUUUUCAAAAUGUUUUCCACGUUUCACACUGAUCCAGUUUUCGGUUAUUAACAUAAGAGUGAAUGUGUGUGUGUAUGUGUAUGUAUGUGUGUCUGCGUGUGUGUCUGCAUUGCCAACAGCAACAGCUCACCAUUUACAUUAAAGGAGUCCAGCGACCAGUAGAAUGCCCAACAAUGGAGUCUAUGCAAAAGUAAUUGGUGUAUUUGCAAAGAGGACGAGAAACUUUGGAAAAGGUUCAAAACAUUGUCACUGUGCUCAAACUACUUUUAAUAAGACUUGGUGAAGUAGAAGCACUUGAACUUGAAUGCGGUUAAGAGAUCUGACCACAGCUUAAAAAAAUCCAACAAUCAUCCAAAAGUUGUCAAGCGUGAAGAAGAAUGUCUCAUUGAUUUCCUGAGCUAAUAGAUAAACACGUUAGAAUCCAUGUCUUUCGAUUACAGGCUUUGUUUGUCGUGUAUUUUGUGUGUUGAUUGUACAGAAAGAUAGUAAUGCUUAAGAAUGUCUGUGGGAUUAAAUGUUUACUGAAAAGCACACAGUAGAGAGAGUUUGAGUUUUAAAAAAAUGGGAGGGUGAGACUGGAUAUACGACCCGAUUUUAAGGCAAAAUAUUAGGAACCCAUGGCAUCAGAAUGUUUGGAAAGUAGUCUGGUUUAAUAUAUUCUAAGGGCUAACCUCCAGCGCACCGUGAUUGAAACGCCCCUGAAAAUUAAAGUGACAGGCACAAAAACGGACAUGCAGCGCAAGAAUCACAGUCUUGUUAUGGCACACCUUCCUUAGCUUACGGCCACUGCAUUAAUCAAGUGCUCUGUGUUUUACAUUGUUGAGGAUCGCAGAAGCUACUAUACUUACAUUGACCACUGUAGUGCUUGCUUACUCAAACAUUGGCUUAACACAGUCUCAUUCAUGUUUCAGUGCUUUUCCAGGAGCAAACAUAAUUCAUAAUCAUUCUCUCUUUGUCCUCAUGAAUAGUUUAAUAGACUCGAUGGUCCAAAUAUUUUCAGCUGGAUACUAAAACAGAUGUUUGUGUGAAAGCUAUGAGCAAAUUGUCCUAUUGGGUAUUCAAAUAACUUGUUUUGCCUUUUAUAUAAAUACCCUUGAAAUAAAUAAAAUAGAUAUCCAUGUCUUUGAUUGGAUGGUUGUAUGUAUGCCAUCAGUUAAAUGUUACCUUCAUGUUUACUUAUUUUAAACAUAACCACUAAUGUAGCCUAUCUGUUUGUGAAUGCAAGAGGUGAAGCUUACAUUUCAAUUCAUUUUUUGUGAGGUAUUUGGAAAUGGCAAAUAAAGUGGAUAUUACUAAUAAUA